AUGGAUCAGGACGGAGCGCUCGGCGAAGUGCGCGCCUCCGGUCUCCGUGGACGCGGAGGCGCCGCCUUCCCGGCCGGCGUCAAGUGGGGCUUCCUCGCCGGCAAUCCCGAUCCCAACAAAUACAUCCUUUGCAACUGCGAAGAGGGCGACCCCGGCGCGUUCAACGAUCGCGGCAUCAUGGAAAGCGACCCCGCCACCGUCAUCGAGGGCAUCACCAUCGCCGGCUACGCCUGUCGCGCCAACCGGGGCUACAUCUUCAUCCGCCACGGACACUCCCAGCCCAUCGACCGAACCCGCGCUAUCAUCGAGCAGGCCUACGAACUGGGCUUGCUGGGCCAGAACAUCCUGGGCACCGAUUUCUCCUUUGAUAUGGAGGUUGCCCUCACCGGCGAUUCCUACGUGUCCGGCGAAGAAACCGCCCUCAUGGAAGCCAUCGAAGGCAAACGCUCCAUGCCCCGUUUCCGGCCGCCUUUCCCGGCGCAGGUUGGCUUAUUCGGCAAACCCUCCAACAUCAACAACGUUAAAACCCUGGCCUACGUGCCGGAGAUCAUCGCCCGGGGCGGCGAGUGGUUCGCCGGCAUCGGCACCUCCGCCGACCGCGGCACGGCCAUUCUCUGCCUCACCGGCGCCAUCACCUACCCCGGCAUGGUGGAAGUCCCCCUCGGCAUGACCCUGCGGCAGGUCCUGUUCGAUAUGGCCGGCGGUGUACCCAACGGCAAGCAGAUGAAGCUGCUGCAAACCGGCGGCCCCCUCGGCGGCGUCCUGUCCGCCAGCGACACCAACCUCGAUCUGGUCCUUGACUUCGACGUGUUUCGCAACGCCGGCGCCAUCCUCGGCUCGGGCGGCAUCAUCAUCGCCGACGAGGACACCUGCGCUGUCGACCUCACCCGCAACCUCAUCGCCUUUUGCCAGUACGAAUCCUGCGGCAAAUGCUUCCCCUGCCGCAUGGGUAUGAGCCACCUGCUGGAAAUACUGGAACGAAUCAGCAACCUGCAAGGUACCGAGGAAGACCUGACCCUCAUGCGCAGUAUCGGCGAGAAUAUGCAGGCCGGCUCUCUCUGCGGACACGGCCAGCUCGGUUUCAACCCGGUGUCCUCCGCCCUGCGCUAUUUUGGCGACGAGUUUGAAGCCCACAUCCGCGAAAAGCGACACACCGGAUACUGCCCCGAGCAGGUCUUCUCCCCUCGCCUGACCCGUCGCUAA